AACCACAAACCGAAUUUGCUUUCAUUUAGGCUAUAUAUAUUUUUUAAAUAGGUUAAAGUCAUAGAGAUUUUUUUUGGGAAUAGCAUUUCGCCCUGGAGCGGUGCGCAAUGCUAUCGCACGCCGACCUCCUGGAUGCUCGCCUCGGUGAGUUAUCAUCGCCAAACUCCGGUCUUCAACUCUACUGGAUGAAGGAUGCCGCGGCGGAGCUACUGGGUCACAGGGAGGCUCUAAAGUGCAGACUAGGCGGUGGAGUGGGAUCUGACCCCGGCCACUCCGGCGAGCUAGCCCCGGGGCCAGACACCGUGGAGGGGGCUACCAUGCUCCCUGGAGACGAUAUCAACAACGGAGGAUCCAACCCUUCCGGCAUGCAGGUCAACAGUAAAGAGCAACAGGACAAGCAACAGCAGAAUAACUCCAGCCAAUCCGGAGGAAGUCAGAGUCAGAAACAGAAGCGCCACCGGACCCGGUUCACCCCGGCCCAACUUAACGAACUGGAGCGCAGCUUCGCCAAAACGCACUACCCAGACAUCUUCAUGAGGGAGGAACUGGCACUACGGAUCGGCCUAACGGAAUCUCGCGUGCAGGUAACGGAAUCUCGCGUGCAGGUUUGGUUCCAGAACCGACGUGCCAAGUGGAAGAAGCGCAAGAAGACCACCAACGUUUUUCGCAACCCGGGGACGCUGCUGCCCACCCACCACGGCCUGCACAGCCAGUUCAACUCUGCCGCUGCCGCCGCCGCGGCCAUGGGCGACAGCCUAUGCUCCUUCCACGCCAACGACACACGAUGGGCUACGGCAGGGAUGCCAGGCGUCUCUCAGCUGCAGCUCCCUCCAGCCCUGGGUCGCCAGCACCAGCAUGCCAUGGCGCAGUCCCUGUCCCAGUGUAGCCUGUCCGGUCCGCCGCCCAACUCCAUGGGGCUAUCCAACAUGUCGUCGAACGGAUCCGGGCUCCAGUCUCACCUCUACCAGAACCCGUUCCCUGGGAUGGUCCCGGCCUCCUUGUCCGGUCCCACCAACGUGACGGGCUCGCCCCAGCUGUGUAGCUCCCCAGAAAAUGACGUCUGGAGAGGGACGAGCAUCGCCUCCCUGCGGCGCAAAGCGCUGGAGCACACAGUAUCCAUGAGUUUCACUUAGUAGCAACCACGAAUCCAACGGCCUCGUUUUACGCGUUUUUGUUUUUACUUCGUCUUCUUCUAUGAUUUUUUUGUUUUGUUGUUGAACCCAUCCAGCCAAAUACAGCUGGACAAGGAUGUGAACGUCUCCAAGAAAAAAAAGCUACAGGAAAACAACAGCCCUAUUCCCCAGUUUUGUUGCCAAACUAAUACCGAAACCAAACCAUUUGAUGGUGGAUAAAUGGCUAAAUGUUUAUCUUAUUCAUUUAUGAUGUGCAUGUAUUGAUGACAACUUUAUUUAUUUUACAUUUAUAAAUGCCAUAUUUAUUUAUUUACUUAUCAACGUAUUUAUUUAUUUAUACUUUUUUUUAAAAUAUAUAUAUAACACCUCGUUUUCGUUUCAUUCCUUUCUAACAAAAUAGUAGACCACUGAUAUUUGCCACUGGAGUUUCUAACAGUUUCCACAGGCCGAUGGUCGAGGGUAUAAAAACUGUACAAAAAAAAAAAUGAAGAAAGCUCAUUUUUAUUUUCAUCUGCUGCGCAGCAUGCGACCGACCAUGAUGGGCCACGGGCAUGCGACCGACCAUGAUGGGCCACGGGCAUGCGCCCGACCAUGAUGGGCCACGGGCAUGCGCCCGACCAUGAUGGGCCACGGGCAUGCGCCGUGCACGUGCAGAUAUCACACUCGGAAGUUUUCUUUUUUUUGUGUGUAAAGCGUCAAAAGAUGAAUAAAACGGAAAAGAGGGAGACACGUGACCAUCUCAAAGGAAUCACGCAACAUGGAAACGAACUUGACUGCAUGUGCUGGCCAAGGCAAAUGUACGGAAACACCAUAAAUAAGACAAGAAAAUCGACUUGAAUAUAAUCUGUUAUAUAGGAUGUUUUGUGUAGAGGAAGCAUUCUUGACUUGUUCCCAUUUGGUCAGUUUGUGAUAUGUUCUAAUCUAAAUUAUUGUAUGUGCUUAUUAUCAAAUCUGAAUUUCUUAAAUGUUUGAUCUUAUACUGAACAAACCAUUUCGUUUCAUGGACAUGUUUAUAUCAAUUGACUGUAAAUGAACAAAUAAAAAUCAUUUUCAAUAUGUCA